GAAUAUAGUUGGUUGGACAGUCAUUAUUAUAACCACAAUAAUGCACAUAGUGUUAUUAUCAUAAUAUUGAUUAGUUUCUUAUACUUUGUUAAAUAUAUGUGACAAUGUGUUGUUUUAAAAUAAUACUCCUUAUAACGUUAACCGGCCAUCUUUUAAUGGAAUUAGUAGUUGCAGAUGGUGUUGUAAUUAAAUAUGUAAUUGAAAAUGAUCCACACGGACAUAAUAAAAUGCUGAACCCAACCUGCGAUCAUGGAAAAGACGAUAUGAAAAAGUAUACAGUUCAAGAAGGGGAAAACUUUACAAUUAAGACGUAUUACAAAAAAUCAAUUAAUUAUGCAAAGUGUUAUGGUAAAGGCUAUGAAAAAGCUUUUGAAACAACAUCUGAGGUUGUUUACAGGAAUGAAACAGUUUACACAGCGGUGAAAGAAAUGGGAACGGAAUGGGAUUGCAGUUUUCAUUCUCUGAGGAAUAUUUCAAAUAUAAUGAACAACAUAACUGUCAAUUAUGAUACUUUUGCAAAUACUGUUUGUUCCAUGAAGCUCCACAUUCGUCGAAAGGAAGCUCCUCUGGUCAUCCUAGUUAACAAUAUGGCGAUGUUUCUAAUACGAAGUCCGUUAUCGGAAGUGGAAGCUGAUUUUACUACUGUCUACACUUACGAAUUAGGAGAUGUGGUCAAUAUUAUUAGUGUGGCUAAAACCUAUAGUAUAAAAAAUACACUUAACAUGAAAUGCCCUUAUUUAGGCGAACAAAGCAAUCAAUUUAUUGAAACCAAUUUCGAUUCAAAUAAAAUAGUUGGUAUUAAAACGACGUUGACUUCAUUGCACGAUGGCAAGUACUGUUUGUUUACAAUUGCCAAUCAAUUGGAUUACUCUACAGUGAGGCUGAGAUUUAUACAAAAAUCUGAAUCAACUCUAAUGGAAAUGUCUUUACCUGCAAAUCAGACCGUGUUGGAACUACACGCGGACAAUUGGCAGAAAAUAUACUACGAAUAUGAUGCCGAUGAAGUUCUAGUAGUUAAAUGUUCCGUUAUUAAGCCCCCACUAAAUGUGAUUUAUAUGCACUUUGAAAAAAAUAGUACAACAGACAAAAAUAUUAUUUCCAAAAUAGUGCAUUUAAAUUCUGAAUCCGAAAAAUCUUCAGUAGUAUGUUAUCUUAAAGAUCAAGUUAAUGACGAACAGAAACUUGAGCAUGACGAAGUUAUGUAUACGUCUACAGUGAUAUUUGUAAAAAAACCUUAUUUAAUUGAACCUGAAGCUCCUUCUACUGAUGCCAAUCAGGAAAUACAUGAUCCUGACUCACCGAACUCCGACGCAAACACAGUGUCAGUAAGUAAUCAAGUGCCAUAUGAAGUGAUCGCGGCCAUUGCAGCACUCAUUUGCGUGAUAAUCAUAUCUGUCUUCAUAAUCCUUGUCAAAAUGCGCAAGAGGAAUCAAACUCAGGGCAGCCCUCAGUGCAAUAACUAUGAAAAUUUGUCGACACCCAGCGAAAGUUCCAUUCCUCCUUACCCAGCACAGUGGGAAGCAACCAACUACGCCGUGCCCGUAGACCACAGGCAAGAGGAGCCGGCCUACAGUGUACCCAUACAACCACUGUACACGGAACCCGUGCCGAAAAACGCAAGGAAACUUAAACAAAACCAAGUAGGUCCAACAUACGCCAUCUUAAAUAUCAAAGCUAAGCAAAAAAGGAACAUUAUAAAAGACACAAAUGAUCCUAAUUAUAGCGAGGUUUUCAAUAGGAAUUACGCAAAUGUCGCUAAAGAAUCUCCUUACGUGAACGCUGAGGAACCAAUGUAUUGCGAAGCCAAUGUGGCAUCUAAGAAUCAAAAUCCUUACACGAAUGUACAUAAUUCGCCCUACGCUAAUAGCUCUGCGCAAGAAUACGUAGAACCAACUUACUGUGAACCUCAGAGACGCAAAUAACUUUAUUAAUUCUUAUCAUCAUCAUCACCACUACCAACCACUCUGCAAUUAUUAUCGUCACCACCACCAACACCACAGCAAUCAUAAUCACCAGCACCACUAUCAUUAUUAUCGCCACCAGUAUAAUUAUUGUCACCGCCACCACUGUCAUCAUCAUCACCAAUACAACUAACAUUACCAACAACAUCAUCACCACCACCACCACCACUUUCAUUAUCGUCAUCAGCCCAUAAGUGCCCACUGCUGAGGAAAGGGUUUCGCUCAAAGAAUGAAUGAGCAGUAAUCUCCACGCUUGCUUAAGGUCACUUAGCGAUCAAUGCUAAUCACAAUUUAUGAUAAGUCCAGGUUUCCUUCACCGUAUAUUAGUGUUGUCUCAAUGAUCUAUAACAGUUGUUGUAAAAAUUUAUACGACAAAUUCUACGCUGGAUCUAUUCACG